CCUUUUAUCCUUUUUGCUUCUUCUCCCAUUCACUCAAAGAUCUCUUAUGAUACAUACCAUCCAUCCCUACGUACAGUUAUCCUCUCAUACAACAAAAGUUGAAGGGCAUCUUCGUCUAGCAGGUGCUCAAUGUCUUCCCAACUAGGCACAAGAAACUCUGUAACAUGGAAACCUCUGAUAUAAAUGAAAGAGCCACCUACCUACAAUAUUAAGUAGCCCUUCUCAAAAUUGCUUCGCUGCUCAUCCACCAAAAUGAAGGCGGCCUCUUUUCCAGAAUCAGUUCUUUCCUCAGGAUUAAAAACAUCCCAAUUCGCUGCCGAAUGCUGGUUCGACGACGCAUGCAUCCUUGAUAUGGACUACUUUGCUAAGACCCUAGCCGGCAUCAAGGCUAAGGGUGUCCGUCCAGACUUCAUCGGUUCAAUCAUAGCUCAUUAUGCAUCAAAGUGGCUACCAGACCUCUCUGGUGAUCACCUUUCUAGUAACAAGGGGCUUGCGAACUAUGAAGAAUCCCCGGAGAGUGUCACAGCUUUGUGGAUGAAAAAGAGAUUUUUCGUCGAAACCCUGGUGGGAAUCCUGCCUCCGGAGAAGGAUUCCAUCCCAUGUAGCUUCCUCCUACGCCUUCUCCGGAUCGCAAACAUGGUCAGUGUGGAGCCUGCAUAUAGAGCUGAGCUUGAAAAGAGGAUUUCAUGGCAACUUGACCAAGCUUCACUGAAAGAGCUACUGAUACCGUCGUUUAGUCACACUUGCGGGACAUUGCUAGAUGUCGAGCUAAUAAUUCGUCUAGUGGGGAGGUUUGUUAGUUUAGAUGAGGUUGCUAAAAGUGGUGCUGCCUUAAUUAAGGUAGCUAAGCUUGUUGAUUCUUACUUAGCAGAAGCUGCUGUGGAUUCUAAUUUGAGUUUAUCCGAGUUUGUUGCUCUUGCUGGUGCUCUCCCAAGUCAUGCCCGAGCCACAGAUGAUGGUCUAUACCGUGCCGUUGAUACUUAUCUCAAAGCACACCCUGGACUGUCAAAGCAAGAAAGAAAAGCUCUUUUUAGGUUGAUUGAUAGCCGAAAGCUCUCUCAGGAGGCAUCACUCCAUGCUGCCCAAAACGAAAGAUUGCCUGUUCGUGCUGUGAUCCAAGUCCUCUACUCUGAGCAAACCAAGCUCAAUCGACAAAUAGAUUGGAGUGGGUCGUUUAGUGGAGCUAGAAGCCCCAGCUUAGGGUUUGAGGCUCCGGCAAGGUUGCUUUCGAAACGUGGAACGAGUGAUCAACAAAUGGAGAUAAGGAAACUAAGAGAAGAUGUGCUGAGGCUAGAAAGCCAAUGCUAUGUGAUGCAAAUGCAGAUGGAAAGGAUGUUGGAGAAAAAGAAAGGGUUUUUUAGGUGGAAGAAGUUAGGGAUUAUGCCUUCAUUGAGAAGUAGUAAUAAUGUUAGUAUUGUUGAGAAGAUUGAAGGGAAAAAUGCAGGAGAAGGAGAUGUAGGGAGUGGAAUACAAACUCCUGUGGACUUGAAGACUAAGCUGGUGAGAGGCAAAGGUAAAACUUCCCCCAGGCGGAGAAAAUCAAUGUUCAGCGAUGCUGCGUAUUAGUUUGACUAUGACCACAGCUACUUGGUUUUAUGCUGGGCUGCGUCUAGCACUCAUAGAUUUAGGAUUUUGCUGGUAAUAUCAAGCCUUAAUUUACAAGCAUUGCUAUUUUUAAUGGUU